AUGAAAGAAGAUUUGUCCAUGUCCCCGUCGUCGGCGCUACCACCCCUCACUCUGCCGCCGUCAGCGUUGCCGACUCCACCUGCGACAUCUAUGAUUCUGCCGGAUUAUCCUCAAAAAGUCAAACGUGAACAAGCUGCUGAUGAGUCAGAUGAGGACAAGUACUUUGAUGAAGACGACGACAUAGAAGAGAAUGAAGAUGGUGAAUAUAGUCCAAAGAUAAGAACAGGUGAGAAUGGUACUCCCACUAGUGGUCAGCUGAGCUUUAAUGGCAAUGCCAACUCACUUCAUGGGUUGGCAGCUGCUGCCGGCAGACGUAGAGGAUCCGUAUCCAUAAAUUCUUCGACUCCUAAUUCGGCUAUAAUUAACUCUCAACAAACUCCUAGAUACGGGCCAACUACAGGCACUCCUCUAAUAGAUCAUCCCAAGGAGGAACCGAGUUAUACGCCCAGUGCGAAUGUGACUCCUGGUAGUAGUACUAUGUCUAUGAAUGGAAAUCACUCGUUUGCAUCUGUAGACUCUCUACCUCCUCUGACACUACCACAGGCUGCUUUAGCAUCUCCUAAUGAUUCAGUGCUACCGCCACCCCCAUCCCGGGCUUGUACCAUUAUUCAGACUGUACCUUCUGACAUGACUUCUAAGAAAGGUGCACAAGCAGGAGGUCGACGGAAACGAUCCAAGAAAGAUGAAAUGCCCAUUGAUGAUGAACAACGUAAAAAGGCUCGCCGGACAUCUCAUUCCGACAUUGAACGCCGUAGAAGACUGAAAAUCAAUGAACAGUUUGAAGCAUUGCGUCAACUGGUACCUGCUUGUAGUCAACUGACCACUGCCAAGAGAGGUGGCGACAUUGGUCUUCACAAGCUUGAUAUUUUACAAGAGUCAGUGGCAUUUAUUAAACACUUGAUAGAAUGUGUUAAUACUAUGGAAAAGAAGUUCCAGCAAACCAGUAGCCAAGCUCCGUCGCCAUUAGUAUUGCCGUCUAUUAGCCCAUCUACUAAUCACACCCUUUCAAACACGCCAAUAGCGGCUCUACCCCAACGGCCAUCGAUAACCUCCCUGCCCUCGAAUUACUCAUUGAAACCUAAACACCAUGAGCCUGCGUCCCCGCUAACUGGACCCCACGAUAGACCAAUAGCGGCUUAUGCAACGUCCAUAUCUGCUCCGUCAACCGCUGUACAAUCGCCUCAUAUGCAUCCUACUCAAUAUCAGCAACAACAGCAGCUGCCUUCUAGUAUAACUUCAUCACCUGUACCAAGCUCGACCGAUACGUCCAAGUUGCGCAUAUCCAAUCUGGUCGGCUAA